AUGGUGGGCCUCAAGGAGGAGCUGCUGAAGUCCAUCUGGCACGCCUUCACCGCGCUCGACCUCGACCGCAGCGGGAAAGUCUCCAAGUCCCAGCUGAAGGUCCUUUCUCACAACUUGUGCACAGUAUUAAAUGUUCCCCACGAUCCAGUGGCCUUGGAAGAGCACUUUAGGGAUGACGAUGAAGGACCAGUUUCUAAUCAGGGUUACAUGCCUUAUCUAAACAAAUUCAUCCUGGAAAAGGUUCAAGGAAACUUUGACAAAGUUGAAUUCAACAGGAUGUGCUGGACUCUUUGUGCUAAAAAGAACCUUCCUAAAAGUCCUUCACUGCUAAGUGAUGAAGAUGCAUUUAAAGUGUGGGUUAUUUUUAACUUCUUAUCAGAGGACAAAUACCCUUUAAUCAUUGUUCCUGAGGAGAUUGAAUAUUUACUUAAAAAACUCACUGAAGCAAUGGGAGCAGGCUGGCAGCAAGAGCAGUUUGACCAUUAUAAGAUUGCUCUUAACACCAGGCGAGAAGGUCUUUCUGCGUGGGAGCUGAUUCAUCUCAUCGGAAGUGGGCAGUUUAGUAAAGGGAUGGACCAACAGACAGUGUCCAUGGCAAUCAAUGAAGUCUUUAAUGAACUCAUAUUAGAUGUACUCAAACAGGGUUAUAUGCUGAAAAAAGGUCAUAAAAGGAAAAAUUGGACAGAACGAUGGUUUGUGCUAAAACCCAAUAUUAUUUCCUACUAUGUAAGUGAAGAUUUAAAGGACAAGAAGGGAGACAUUAUACUGGAUGGCAACUGCUGUGUAGAGGCCUUGCCUGACAAAGAUGGAAAGAAAUGUCUUUUUCUCAUAAAGUGUCUUGAUAAAAGCUUCGAGAUCAGUGCCUCUGAUAAAAAGAAGAAGCAGGAGUGGAUUCAAGCCAUACAGACCACUGUAAGCCUGCUGAGGGCAGGGAGCCCUCCGCCCCACAAAGAAGCACGGCAGAAACGAAAAGAACUGCGCCAGAAGCUGUUAGCUGAGCAAGAAGAGCUGGAGAGGCAGAUGAAAGAGCUGCAAAUGGCCAAUGAGGACAAGCAGAAGGAACUGGAGACUGUGCGAAAGCAACUGGAAGCAGCAGCUGCUCGUGCUGCUGAGGAAGAGAAGAAAAGACUUCAGACUCAGGUGGAAUUACAAGAUCGCUUUAGUUUGGAGCUGGAGAGAGAAAAAAUGGUAAGACAAAAAAUGGAAGAGCAGGUUGCACAGAAAUCAUCUGAACUGGAACAGUACUUACAGAGAGUAUGUGAACUGGAAGAAAUGUACAAACAGCUACAGGAAGCUUUGGAGGAUGAGAAGCAGGCACGCCAAGAUGAAGAGACUGUAAGGAAACUUCAGGCCAGAUUACUAGAAGAGGAGUCAGCAAAGAGAGCUGAACUGGAAAAAUGGCACUUGGAGCAGCAACAAACCAUUCAGAUGACAGAAGCAGAGAAACAAGAGCUAGAAAACCAGAGAAUGAUAAAGGAACAGGCUCUUCAAGUUGCUAUGCAGCAACUAGAACAACUUGAACUGGAAAGGAAGGAGGCCCUUGAGCAAUAUGAGGAGGUUAAGAAGAAGUUGGAAAUGGCAGCUAACAACACCAAGAGCUGGAAAGAUAAAGUAGCUCAUCAUGAGGGAUUAAUUCGACUAAUAGAGCCAGGCUCCAAGAAUCCUCACCUAAUCACAAACUGGGGCCCAGCUGCCUUCACUGAAGCUGAACUUGAGCAAAGACAAAAGAGCUGGAAAGGGAAAAAAGCUGCUUCUGAGUAACAGCAGUAGUCGAUGAUUGCUCAUGAGGAGAAGCCCACCUUGAUUUGUUCUGCUUUGCACAGAGCAGCUUCUUGCUUAUAAAGAUUUUAGUAUGCUCAGCAGGUUGGGCCUUUCCACAGAGGAAAUACUGUUUGCCACAUAGGAGUGCCUGCUCAGAGUCCAGUAAUUAUAAUGUGCGGUGUCUGAGAAUAUUUGUUUCCCCUAAUGUUUCUAGAAAUUCUGUUCUUUUAUACAAAACUUUUCAAAUGAAUAUUUCUAUUUAAAUGUAUGUAGUGACAGAGUUGUUUCUGUACUAGCCUGCCACAAUCUGACCACAGUUAACCAAUCAAGCAGUAUCACAUUCAUUCCAGAAAGCGAGGGAAGCAAUUCUGUCAUUGGUGCAGUGUAAUUUAAACCCAGGAGAAAGCAGUCCUGGAGGUUCUAUCCAACACUGAGACAGAGCAUUACCUUUCCUUCCACUGAGUCUCCCUUCCUUUUCCUCUGGUUUUUUCAUCUGUUGUCUUUCACACAGUGCUUAGCACUCAAGAUUCAUUCUUCCUUAGCGAAGGCAGACUGGCAUCGCUGGGUCCCUGCUGGCUGGGCUGAUGUUAGGGCCUGUGUGAAGGAAUCGAAACAAAAGAACUGGAAAUAAGUAUGUGCAAAAGGUUGCUGAAAAGUAUUUGGAAAAAGGAGUCAUGCAAGAGUGUUCCUGUGCUGUCUCACACUUGAGAAGUGAUAACCACCUGUAGUUUCAAAGAUGUACAGGUUUCUAGAGCAGCAGAAUGGAAGAUGAUGGCACAAACAGGCCAAGUACCAGCUGUGCAAGGCUGUUCGUAUAAGAAACUUGGCUACAGCAUUCCACUGCUUUAGAUGCAGCACUCUUAAUUUGAGCCAGAUUAACAAAAGGAAGGAGGAAAUUAAGAGGAAAACUAAAUCUGACGUUUUAAUUGUAGACAAAAACUAUCAAUGUAUAGCAAUACCACUUUAGAAAAAUUGUCAGUAAAAUACUUCUAGCAUUCCCUGUAACAAGGCUUCCCAAAGAGCCUCCUGGCUUUGCUUCAAAAUUCUCUCCAGGGACAAAGGCAGUUAUUACUCUUUCUGUAGGCAAAAGGUGCAGGUGUGUGAUUUUGCUUUGUAGAGCUCCCACACCAGAGAAGGCAGUAAACCAGUACAGGACAGAGAACUAAGUCCCCCCUGCUGAAGAGCAGGUGCCUGUUGGUGUGGCUUAUUAGUCAGCUUUGACCUUUGCAUGCACACUGAACACAGACACCCAUCUCUUAGCACCUGCUUUUAAGUUCAGCUAAAUGUUAAAUUAUUUUUAGUAAGAAGUGAAUUUUUCAGAUGGAUGACCAGUGCAUUUGUGUACAGCACUGAUCCAUGGAGCGAAGAAGAGCAGAAGUUGAAUAGAUGUGAUCUUCAGAUUUGGAAGUCAGUAGCAUUUUAUUUUUUUUUUUUUUGCUAUUAACAAAGACUCACUCAGAUACUGAAUCCUCUCAGAUAUUUGUUCUCUGGUUACCUUGUUAUACUAAUUGAAAUUUUUAAUGUUUCAGUAAAUGGAAUACUGAUUAGAAUGGCAGGAACAUCCAGGAUCUUCCUUUUUGUAUUUACUGUACAGGAAAGCAGUAGCUCCUUAGGCUUGCUAACAAGGCAUUUUUAAAAUUGAUCAUGUUUACAGAAGAAAUGUGAAAAAAUCUGUAACAGAAAUACUAAUGUAUACAUGGGAAAACCUCACUAAAGGAGAAGCUGCAGUAUUUAUAGCUACCAAACACCUUUCAUGUGGAGAGCAGAAGGUAAAUUUGGGCUAAACUUGUUUAAUUUUUCUAACAGUCUUUAUUUUGGACAAACGUUUUUUUAAGAACACCAAAUGAUGCAUGUUUCCAUGUUUUGUACUGUUCUUUGGA